AGUAGUGCAUGAGCACCAGCCACGGAGUGCACGAGCACCAGUCAUCUCGUCAACAACCCCUCUCGAGUGCAUGAGCACCAGACGGAAAACAGCAUCCAAACCACAACUUUUCUACACCGAAUUCUACGAGCGGCAACUGGACUCCUUGUGUUGAGCAAUAAUCAAUCGUUCGUCCGUCGACGACAACCACUGAUGUCGCGAUCCUAACUUUCGGAGCCCAAUCAAUCGUAUCUAUUAUCACACAUCCGUCAUCCGCCAUCAUAUUAUUAUAAUUAAUAAACCAUACAGACAUAGUUGACAUUCGUCAUGGACUUCAUGUACAACAGGUACGGUGAUGUGGUGGUGUACGUGGACGGCGCCUGCCCCAGAAACGGUACGCGAGGAGCACGUGCCGGCGUAGGCGUAUGGUUCGAUGACUUUCAUGAUCUGAAUGUGUCAUAAACUGUGCCCGGUAUCCAGACCAACAACAACGCUGAGAUAUAUGCUGCGGUUAAAGCUAUUGACAUGCUGCUCAAAUACACUGAUGAAUACCGCGUAGAAAUCAUGACAGAUUCCAUGUUUCUAUGCAAUUGUAUGUAUAAGUGGAUCAAUAAAUGGAAGUGUAAUGGUUGGAGGAAUUGUAAAGGUAACACAGUGGCAAACAAGGAUAUGCUGGAACAACUAGAUAGUUGCAUAAAAGCCAUGGAUUCUGUUAAAUUUACUUACGUACGAGCACAUAAUAAACACUAUGGCAAUGACCAAGCAGACAAGUUAGCUCGUCAAGGAGCAUACAAGCAAUGAGUUAUGACUAAGUUAAAAGUUUUAUACCUAUCAUUUUCUCAAUAAUGUUAAAAUCUAGAUUAUUAAGUUUUAAAUUCAAUGGAAAAUAAAAAUCAAUUAAAUUAUUUUCAUAUAAUAUAUUCAUAAUUUACUAACUAUUUAGUAUUGCAGAAGAUCUUAUUGUAAAUCAAAGUUUAAUACAAUUAUCAUAUUUUUAUUUCUAUUUCUAUUUAUUGGCUAUUUAAUAAAGAUAUUUUAUCUAAAUAUUAGAAACUAAAGUUUUUUUAUUGUAACAUUUCAAAUUUUGUACAUUUAGUGCUACAAAUAAUAUUAUUUUAUUUUAUGAUAAUGACACAAUAAUAUAUUGUUUUGAGUUUUGA